AUGAAUAACCCUCCGACACGUUUUGGCAUCCCGAUGCAUUCGGAGAAUUUGGCAAUAGAGUACCCUAUAGGGAAUAACCAGGCAUGGAUCAAGCGUACUAUAAUAGUGUAUGUAGACGUGGGCCUACCCGAGCUACAACCAAACAAGUACAUGGCGUGGUGUUUCAAAGACGAGUUGGAUGAGUUCGGGCCUGUUCGAAGUUUUGAUGCCCCAUUUGAUGGGGUAGGUGAUUGGGAUCCCUCAGCUGUGCCUCCUCCCGAUGGUGAACUUACCAGUACCGAGACCCGUCCUGUAUCCGUCCCUACACCCGCUCCCAUACCACCACCUGAACCCAUGGGUCCCGAGCCUGUGGAGGUCGAGCCCGACCUGGAGCCCAAGGAGUCACACCAGGGGGCAGGCCCUAUGGAGCCGGAGGUUAAGCAUGAGCUAACUGAAGAAUUUGAAGACCCCGAGGUAGAGGACGAGGAGCCUGAAGAGGAGUUUGAAGAAGAGCCCGAAGAAGAAGAACCCGAGGAAGACCAGCCGAUUGAGGUCCCAUCAGAAUCAGGAUCCGAGGGUAACCCGAUUGAGAUCGAGGCUGACUUCGAGUCAGAAUAUGAGUGGGCUGAUCAUGGGGAGCCUGAUACUGAUUCUAGGGGGACAGACCCCGAGUGGUCACCUGCUGGGUCUCGUAGGGGUUAG